GGAGAUAUUACAGGGGACCCAGCCCGCAGCGACAGGCACAAAGUCACGGGGUAAUGAACUUCUGGGACCCUUUGCCGCUGGGUGCGCGGCUCUCCCGGGAUACCCGGACCUGGCCGCCUGUUCCGUCCGAAGAUUUUGCAGCUAUCUAGUUUUCCCACACGCCGCUCGGGUUCCGGCAGCGCCAAGCCAAUCUGUCUUGAGACUGCGGUUGUGUUUUCCUUCUUUCCUCACAAGACCAACGGUCUCUAGAGAUUCGUCCAUAUUCUGCAUGCCUAAUGUAGAGGGAGAAAUUGAAGACUGAGACAGGAAUGGGGAAAGAGAGGGAUUUUGCCCUUUUGGCUCCAUAGGAAGACCAUUUUCGUGUCUCCAUCUCUGUCCUUCAAUACCUUUUUCUUGCUGCCCUCCGCCCCUCUUCCUCGAGCCUGUCUGUCUCUCCAUUUGUCUGUCCAUGCUUGUGUCUGUAUCAAGCAACAUUCCCAGCAGCUGAGGUUUUGCAAGAGCCGGGAAGAAACUUAAGGAUGCUUAAAUUUCCACUGUGGAACGAAUUCUGAGUGCCCGGGGAGCAGCGCAGCGCCUCACCGACACCCACCUGUCCCGCCCCGGAGCCUUGCAGGCUGGAGGGCGGCUGGAGAGCAGCGGCGCCGGGCGGCGAGGCGGGCGCUGCCGGUCGGGACUCGGGUAGUGCCCACCAACCGCUCCGCCCCGGGGCCGCCAGCAUGAGCAAGCCGGCCGGAUCAACAAGCCGCAUUUUAGAUAUCCCCUGUAAAGUGUGUGGUGACCGCAGCUCGGGGAAACACUACGGAGUCUACGCCUGUGACGGCUGCUCGGGUUUUUUCAAACGAAGUAUCCGAAGGAAUAGGACCUAUGUCUGCAAAUCUGGAAACCAGGGAGGCUGCCCCGUGGACAAGACGCACAGAAACCAGUGCAGGGCGUGUCGACUGAAGAAGUGUUUGGAAGUCAACAUGAACAAAGAUGCUGUGCAGCAUGAACGGGGGCCCCGGACGUCCACCAUCCGCAAGCAGGUGGCUCUCUACUUCCGCGGACACAAAGAGGAGAGUGGGGCAGCAGCACACUUCCCCUCCGCUGCGCUGCCGGCCCCGGCCUUCUUCACUGCAGUCACGCAACUGGAGCCGCACAGCCUGGAGCUGGCCGCCGUGUCGGCCACCCCAGAGCGGCAGGCCCUCGUGAGCCUGGCUCAACCUACACCCAAGUACCCUCAUGAAGUGAAUGGGACCCCAAUGUAUCUCUAUGAGGUUGCAACAGAGUCCGUGUGUGAAUCAGCUGCCAGGCUUCUGUUUAUGAGCAUCAAGUGGGCUAAGAGUGUGCCUGCUUUCUCCACGCUGUCUUUGCAAGACCAGCUGAUGCUUUUGGAAGAUGCUUGGAGAGAACUGUUUGUUCUAGGAAUAGCACAAUGGGCCAUUCCGGUUGAUGCUAACACUCUACUGGCUGUAUCUGGCAUGAAUGGUGACAACACAGAUUCCCAGAAGCUGAACAAGAUCAUUUCUGAAAUACAGGCUUUACAAGAGGUGGUGGCUCGGUUUAGACAACUCCGGUUAGAUGCGACUGAAUUCGCCUGUCUAAAAUGCAUCGUCACUUUCAAAGCUGUUCCCACACACAGUGGCUCUGAACUGAGAAGUUUCCGGAAUGCUGCUGCCAUCGCAGCUCUUCAAGAUGAGGCACAGCUAACACUCAACAGCUACAUCCAUACCAGAUAUCCCACUCAACCCUGUCGCUUUGGAAAACUCCUGUUGCUUUUGCCAGCUUUACGUUCUAUUAGCCCAUCCACUAUUGAAGAAGUGUUUUUCAAGAAAACCAUAGGCAAUGUGCCAAUUACAAGACUGCUUUCAGACAUGUACAAAUCCAGCGAUAUCUAAGCCCGCAAAGUACCCACUUUUCAGGAUGGGACAGUAUCUGAUGAACUUUUACCCACGGAGGACAAGCCUCAACUAACAAACCCUUCAGGAAGCAUAAGCCUGGGAACAGCCUGUGUAGCCUUCAGGAAAAAGAUGUCAACAGGCAAAAAACAGUUCCAGUAGCUGAGACCUGCUGCCUCCACCAGGGUGGGGCAGCCCAGCAGUAAAGGGGACCAUAUAACAGAACCACCUGAACAGAGAGAACUCUCUGCUGGGGAGCCCUCGUGGGGGUGGGCCGAGUCAGGGGCUGCCUGGCCAAGCCAUCUUGCCUCUCACCUGGAAAAUGGGGCUGAACUCUCAAAAACUGCAACACAAGUAGAACUCUCUUUUCCUGUUUAGCACAUAAAGUUGGAUAAACAAAUGUAGCUCUGUACGUAACAUCUUACAGCAGCCCUCAGAACUAUCCCAUGUUGGAGAAUUCCUUUAAAAAACAACAGUUAUGUUUCAAAUCAAAAGUUUUAUCAAAGUUCCCCUUCUAUUGUAAUAUGUCAUGAAGUGGCCUUCAGAAUUGAGUUAAUACGUGAAAGGUAGCUGAUGCUGUGAGAUUUGCUUUUUCUCUAUAUUUUUUCUCUCCUCUCUUUCGUUCUUCUUUUUUUAAUACCAUAGGCCAGGCAACCUUGUCAAAAGAAUUGGUGGAUGCACAUGAUAUUCUCACCAGGACUUCCAGUUGGAUAAAAAAAUAGAAGAGCUUUACUAAAACAACACAAGUCAAGGGAGGAUGAAAACAGCAAAACCAAAUAAAGUGGAGACGAGUGAUUGAGUGAGGCAGAUUUCUGUCCCAUUAACACAGUGCUGAAACCAAAGGCAAUGAAGGGCCACACUCGUGUUUCAGCGAGUCACACCAGACAGUAAAUGAAUACAGAUGGGGUGAAAGGAGAUGAGCACUAAGAGGUUUCUUGAUCGAUCCAUUGCUAACAGCCGGAGACUCUUCAAUGCCUUUCAGAAAACUGGUUUCUAGUAAAGCCUUGAAUGCGCGCACACACACACACACACACAUCAUCAUCCUACACUAUAAGCUGCUCCUUUGGUAUGAAUCUAUACUUAUGGAAAUGUAGAAACAAACAUUUAAAAAUAGCUGCUGUACUUUUCACAUUUUGAUUUAUUAGGUACUAGCACUGAGGAAAAAUAUUCAGCACUUGGACUAUCAUAGGAUGAGUAAAACUUUUCUUGUACAAAGUGAAUUAACUGAUUUGUGAAGUUAAAAGGUUGUACUCAUUGUAUUUACAAAGAAUAAAAAUAUAUUGGAUUUAAAUGAA